AUGAGGAACAUGAGAAAAUUCAUCGGGUCUUUUGAGUCUAGUAAAGGGGUUUUGAAUUCUAUCAAAGAUGUGAAGAAGGAGAUUUGCAAGCAAUUCACCCCUGGCAGACAAUUACUUGAUGGUGUGCCUGUUGCUAAUAAAGCAAUCGACUUAUCUACUAGAACCAAGAAAGAUUGUUUGUUCUUUAAGGUUUACUUCAAGAAAGCUUAUGACAAGGUUAACGCGAAUUUCUUAAGGUUUGUGAUGAAGAAGAUGGGGUUCAGGGAGUUAUGGAUGGAAGCUUGCGUUUUCACUAGCUUUAUGUCCAUAUUAAGGAAUGGGAGUCCUACUAAGGACUUCGAGGUCAGGAGAGGUCUUAGGCAGGGAGAUCCUUUGUCUCACUUCUUUGUUCUAGUAACUGAAAGUCUCACAGGCUUGGUUAAUAAGGCUUCUGUUUUAGGAGAGUUUAUUGGUUUUAAAGUGAAUGAUAGGAGCUCCUUCUAUAUUUUAUAA